AAGCAGCCAGCCAGAGCUAAAUAACAGAGGACAUGCUUGUGCAAUGUCACUGAGAGGCUGCCUGCUCCAACAGGAAUCAGUGAAUGUGAUGAAUUACCAAAGAAGAUAUUUGGAAGGGACUGAAACCUGGAUAGUUACAUCUUGGAAAACAACAAUGAAUCACCGGCAAAGUGAAAGUAAUCUUGAAUUUUAUGGAUUUCCAAACUUAAAGGACCCUCUUAGCCAAAGAGAACAACACAAGACCUGAAGUUCAGCAGCAAUGCUGGCAAUCCAACGCUACAACUCCUCAGGCAUUUGGGCCUCUUUGCCCCACUUUAACGACAGCGUAAUGGUGCAGAGGCCAGAAGUGGAACCUGUAUUCUGUAAUGGCACCCGUCCAAAAACUAAUCCCACAUCUGCCGGCAUCACUAUGACUCUUGGGAUAGUGUUCAACGUAGUGGCGCUUAUCAUGCUUGCCAAAGCCUACAACCGCUUUCGGCGGAGGUCCAAGGCCACCUUUCUUCUCUUUGCCAGCUCUCUGGUGGCGACUGAUCUGGCUGGACAUGUCAUUAAUGGAGCACUGGUGCUGAGAAGAUACUCAGCAGGGAUUGCAAACUUGGCUGACCUUCCCUCGAACUUUCGAAGCAAUCUCAAAAGUCAUCCAGAUGUCCCCUGUUUGUUUUUGGGUUGUUGCAUGGUGUUCUUCGGUUUGUGCCCCCUCUUCCUCGGCUGUGCUAUGGCCGCUGAGCGAUGCUUGGGUGUCUCCAGGCCUUUGCUGCAUGCUCGUUUGGUCACCACAGCACGGACAAAGAUAGCACUAGCUCUCAUCUGGCUGUUGGCAUUAUGUGUCGCCCUGCUGCCGUUUUUCAGCUUAGGAGCCUACACGUAUCAGUACCCGGGCACGUGGUGCUUUAUCAGAGUGAUGGAGGGUACUCGAGCCACAGAUCUGGCCUUUGUAACUCUGUUCUCUGGACUGGCAUUGAGCUCACUGGCCGUGGCCUUUGUGUGUAACACCAUCAGUGGGAUCACCCUAGUGAGAGCAAGGCUGAAGAAGAAGUCCACCUCUCAUUGCAGCUCGGCCAGGUCCCACGACACUGAAAUGGUGGUCCAGCUGGUUGGCAUCAUGGUCGCCUCGUGCAUCUGCUGGAGCCCUCUGCUGGUCUUUGGACUGAUGUCAGCCACCCGGUCCUACAAUGGCUCCCUAGGCCCUGACAGGGACACCUACAGGGCUUUAAUGGUAACUGGUGUCAGGAUGGCUACUUGUAACCAGAUCCUGGACCCGUGGGUCUACAUCUUGCUGCGCCGUGCCAUCCUCAAAAAGAUAUACAGCAUCACUAAAAGACAAGCCAGUUUGAGAGGAAGCAUGCUUCGAUCUUUCCGUUGGGAUGUCAGCUCUUUUCAGAACUCAGAGAAAAACAAUGCUAAUAUUUAAGAGACCAUCAUCAUGGCAUCUGGCACCAAGCCUGGACCUGUUAAUCUUGGUGCAAACUUUAUACUCCGAGGGACUUAACAUAGAAGGAAAAAAAAACCCACUUGAAAUAUCAAUGAAUGACUAAUGUUGCCUGCUUGGAUUGUUUGUUUUGGAGGCCACUACAGUGGGGAAAGGCCCCAAUCUGUAAUGAACUGGUCAGUUUUUAUUGCAAUGCAAAAUCUAUACGUUUGCAUUGAAGCUUGUCCUCUAUGAGAACAAAACCUAAUUCAAGAUUAUUUGGUGAAGUAGACCUUUGUGUCAAGUUUUGUCUAAAAUGAAGACUCGUCCACAAAGUCAGAAAGCAAAGAAACAAAAUAAUGUGAAUUGCAAACCCUAAACAUAUUAAAUUAAAUGCUCAAGGAUUAAAUCAAAACACUUUGAAUUUACCACAUUUUGAAGAUGUUAAAGUGUGUGGAAAAAUGUAAAUUUUUUUGUGUACUGCAGUUGCAUGAAUGGGAUUAUGCUUCUAUUGUGGAUAUCUUAAAAUAAACU